AGGGUUUUUGAUUUGACCGAAACCUUGGACUGAACGUGGGAACGGAGGGAGGAAAGAUCAGUUUGGGAAGUUUUAAUGCAUAUGAUCACCUCCGCGAUGAUCUUUAUGAUUCUGGGGGCUGCAAUGGUCAUGGCGAUAGCGUGUUUAAUGGACAUGAACGCACUACUGGAUCGCUUUCACAACUAUAUCUUACCGCAUUUACGAGGAGAGGACCGCGUCUGUCAUUGCAACUGUGGAAGGCAUCACGUUCACUAUGUGAUUCCUUAUGAUGGGGACCAGUCUCUGGUGGACUCAUCUGAGAACUACUUCGUGAGUGAGAGUGUCACCAAGCAGGAGAUGGACCUGAUGUUGGGCUUGCUGUUGGGCUUCUGCAUCAGCUGGCUGCUGCUCUGGCUGGACGGGGCCCUGCACUGCGCCCUGAGGGCCUGGAGGAGCAGUGGACCGUACGAUGGACCUUCUUGGACCUGGAUCCCGCGAUUCUGCAAUCUUCGAGAGCUGCGCAGGGGUGCAGAGUUGGGCCAGCCAGGGGACUCCAGCGGAAACAUGGUGCAUGUCAAACAGAAGCUCUAUCACAACGGGCACCCAAGCCCCCGCCAUCUGUAACUGUCAGGCUUCCCCACCUAUGAGGAGUUACUUCUCAAGCCCUUGACAGGAACUGCCGAAACCUCAGACCAACUUGGACACUUUCUUUGACAGUCUGGAUGACAGCAGAAGCUUUUCAAAUGACUUUUUGGCACACAGGCUUACCUUACGUCUGUCCGUUGUACUUGGAAUAGGCUUGUUUUUUAACUUUUUUUCAAAGAGGGGUCUUCUGUACAUACAUUGUUCGUGCCUGUCGUUUAAAGGGGCGCUCGUAUUAGCAUACUAGAGGGGGAGUUUUAUACGUUGGGCAGAGAAAGUGGAGCACUGGAGGAAUAGGAAAUGUGCCACGGUGGACUGCUGCAGAUGGGAAAGGAGAUGAGAAAAAAGGCGAGGGACUGGGGAAAUGUAUGUGAAAUGAAAGAAACAGACUACAGGGAAAAUCAAAAUUGAACAAGAGAUUGUUGUGUAUAGUGUAGAUAAUUAGGUUUGCUAUAUUGUGACUGAAUGAAUUUAUUAAACUUUAUUUGUGCAUAUUGUGGGGAUUGAAUGUGGUACACAGUUUUUUGCAUUAAUUAAGCAUUAAUACAUAUAGAAAGCAAAGGAAGUGGGGGGCACGUAUUUUGGUUUUUCCCUACUAUGUUCACAGCCCCAUUGCAGAAUGCUCUGAAAUAUUCACAUCAUACCAGCAAACGGCUAAUCAGCCAAUCUCAUACCUUCCUCUUUUGUCCAGACAUUGCUGUUGUGAGGAUAAAAUGUUUGUCUUAUUAAAAGUGCAGAUGAAGCGCAUUGAUGUGACUGUCAGUGUUUUAAGGUAUCGUUAUUUGAGUUGAGAAUUUAAUCCUUUUCCUUUAAGCAGGGAGGCAUUUUUGCCUCGGUUUCUGUGUGGAGUUGGUGUAGGUUUUUGCUGCAAUCUAAGGAUGUGUGCCUUAUAGCUAGAGGAUCCCGUGGGAAACCGCGUUAAAAACAUCAAAAAAUGUCCUGGAUGUUACAAGUUCUUUGGUGGAAGCACAGGGGCAAAAGCCCUUAGCUGGUGAGCAUCAUUCUGAUGCACAGCAGCUCUCAUCAGAUGGACAGAGGGCAAAGUCAUACUUCUGUAUUGUGGGGAACUGCUACAAUGGUGCUAGAAAGUUUGUGAACCCUUUGUGAUCAAACUUUCACGUAAGUCCCAACAUUAGAUAAAAAGAACCCAAUUAAACAAAUGACACAA